AUGAUGCGCCGAAAGUUCUUUCUACAUCUCAAGCCUCUUUCAAGGUCGUUCAGAACUUCAAGGAUCUCCCGAAACGAGCCAUUCAGCGCAGCAUUCGUUGAACGAGCUGAAGAUGAGGUUGAUGUUUGCAUUGUCGGCGCUGGGCCUGCUGGUUUGAGUGCUGCCAUUCGCCUAAAGCAAAUAGAACGCGAAAAGGGAAACGAGAUUCGCGUCGUUGUGCUGGAGAAAGGAUCGGAAGCAGGUUCUCAUAUCGUAUCUGGUGCCGUUCUGGAACCUCGAGCGUUGAACGAGUUACUUCCCGACUGGUCUUCUAUGCCCGACCACCCACUAACACAACCCGCGACAUCGUCUCGUAUGCUGUUCUUCACCCCAAAGCUCUCACUGCCCUUCCCACACCCGCCACAAAUGAACAACAAGGGGAACUACAUCGUCUCGCUAUCCCAAUUCACGCGUUGGCUCGCCAGUGUCGCAGAGAACGAGUUCGGCGUGGAGAUCUACCCAGGGUUCGCAGGUGCGCAGCUGCUGCUCAGCGACGAGGCCGAGUCGCUCGAUCCGUGGGGGAACAAGGCUCGGAGUGUGCAGGGUGUGAUCACGAACGAGGUCGGCCUGACGAAGAACUACCGGCUCAAGUCGUCGUUCGAGCCUGGGAUGGCGUUCCGUGCCAAGGUCACGCUGCUCGCAGAGGGUGCGCACGGGUCGCUUUCGAAGCAAGCCAUCAGCAUGUACAACCUGCGAAAAGAGGCCCAACCACAAACGUACGGCAUCGGACUGAAGGAGGUCUGGCGGGUCGACCCCGAGAAGCAUCGGCCGGGUGAGGUUGUGCACACGCUGGGCUGGCCUUUGGAUAUGCACACGUACGGGGGCGGGUUUGUCUACCACAUGGAUGGCGGCCUCGUCAGUCUGGGGCUCGUCGUCGGGCUCGACUACAAGAAUCCUUGGUUGUCUCCCUAUCGGGAAUUCCAGCGCAUGAAACAUCACCCGUACUUCCGCUCUCUCCUGUCAUUUAACUCUGAACGACUCGCCUAUGCUGCUCGUGUACUGACAGAGGGAGGCCUUCAAUCUAUCCCGAAGCUCAACUUCCCAGGCGGAGCACUGCUUGGCUGCUCGGCAGGCUUCAUAAACAUUGCGAAGAUCAAGGGCACACAUAACGCGAUGAAGAGCGGUAUGCUCGCGGCUGAGGAGGCUUACAAGGCUGUCCACCCCGAAUCAGAGUCAGAGUCAUCUUCAGGAGCUGCAGAUAUGUCGGGAUACGAUCGUGCACUGCACAACUCCUGGGUGCACUCGGAUCUAUACGAAGUGCGCAACCUGCGACCUUCGUUCCAAACGCCACUCGGUCUCUGGGGUGGUAUCGCGUACUCUGGCAUCGACUCUCUGUUCCUCAAGGGCCGCGUACCUUGGACAUUCAAGCACCAUUUACCUCCUAACCCCACGAACGGCUCUGACAACAUCCUAUCCCUCGAUUCGGCAUCGACGGAGGCAGCAAGCAAGCACAAGCCCAUCGACUACCCUCCCUUCGAGCCUCCGCUAUCAACCGAUCUGCUUACCAGUGUAGCGCUGACAGGGACAAACCAUGCCGAGGACCAGCCUGUACAUCUCCGCGUCGUCAAAACACGCACGUAUCUCCAUCAGGUCAACUCAAAGAAUGGGAACCUCGCUGUCGGGGCUGGUUUUGGGGCCGUACAGUCCCAGGCGGAGGUGGAGGUAGAAGAGGACGCAGAGGAGGUUGCGGAGAGGAGGAAAGAGGAGGUCGGGCAGGAGAAGGAGCUCCGGAGGAAGCACGUGCAGGUCAACGUCGGCGAGUUCGCUGGGCUGCUUGGACGGGCGUGCCCUGCUGGUGUGUACGAGUACGUCCCAGAGGAGGGCGGUGCCGGCGUCGAGACUGAGGGGUGGAACGGGCACAAGCUGGUGAUCAACUCGCAGAAUUGCAUCCACUGCAAGCUUUGUGACAUCAAAGUCCCAACGCAGGAUAUUACAUGGACGGUACCUGAAGGUGGAGGUGGCCCUAAGUACACUAUUACCUAA